AUGAGUGAGUCGAGCUCGAAGUCCAACCAGCCCCUGGCCUCUAAGCAGGAAAAGGACGGCACUGAGAAGCGAAGGUGGGGCAGGCCAUGCAAGCAGCCUCCGAAGGAGCACAGCGAAGUGCCAACACCUAAGAGAUCUCGGGGCCAACCAAAUGGGAGCAAACACAAGGGCGCUGCCAAGACCCAGAAAACCACCACAACUCCAGGGAGGAAACCAAGGGGCAAACCCAAAAAACUGGAGAAAGAGGAAGAAGAGGGCAUCUCGCAGGAGUCCUCGGAGGAGGAGCAGUGACC